AUGCCGGCAGCCGAAGCCACGCCUUGCGACUUGCGGCAAGGCGCUCAGACCAUUAGCGCGCGCGGGCGCCGAGGGGCCUGGCAGGAGGCCCUCUCACUCUUCCAGCACCUCUCCGCGUGUCGCGCGGCGCCGGACCUGGUGUGCUGGAAUUGCGCGAUCAGCGCCUGCGCUCGCGUGGGCGCCUGGCGCCGCAGCGGCCAGGCCUUGUCGCAGCUGCGAGGGGCGAGGCUUCGGGCGGAUGUGGUCUCCUACAGCGGCGGCAUCACCGCCUGCGAGGCUCACUGGUUACGAGCGCUACAUUUGCUCCGCUCGGGGGCUGAAGCGGCGCUGGAAAGCGACGUGGUGAUGCGGAACGGCGCGCUGAGGAGCUGCGCUUUGGCAAAGAUCGAAGGCAUCUCCGGCCAAACGGAGACAUGGCGGUGGGCGGUGCUUCUGCUUGGGAACAGCGCGAACACUGUGAGCUUCAACUCGGCGGCCAGCGCCUGCGAGAAGUGCAGCGCCUGGCGCGUGGCGCUGCGCUUCGCGGGAAGUGGGCGACAGGACGUGAUCACCUGCAACGCGCCUUGGGCAUCUGAGAGGAGGGGGGGGGAUGUGGCGGUCCAAGCGGGGGUUCUUUGUGCGUUCUAG